AUGUACUUUGGACGCAUCAUUACCGCCUUGAGCCUUCUAGGUGCCUCAAACACCCUGCCAACCCAGGAUGGUGUUGUCCUACGCGGAAUGUCGUUGCCUAAUAUGGCAUGGGAUGAUAGUCUCCCGGAUGCAAAAGCACAAAUGGAGAAAUUCCUGAAAGCAUGGCCCCAAGUCAUCGUCAUGGCCAAGUUACUCCAUCUGAAAACCGAUCCAAGCCUCUAUCAAGAAGUCUUAAAGCACUACUUUGAGGAAAAGGAUGCGUCCAUAGUGGAGAAGGUUUGGAGGGGACUCAUAGGUGCAAAGGGUCAAGAUGAUCAGGGUGACGGCACAGGUAAUCCUCUCAUUUUUGACAUCGUCCUCACAAACAAGCCUACCGACAAGGAGCCCUGCCUCCGAAAGGACAAUGUUAGACUUGCAUGGCUUGAGCCUGUCGGCGACGGCACUCGCGCUGUAAUGAAGAUAUAUGACAAAGGCUGGCAAUUUCCAACCAUUGACGAAACCUCAGAUUUCCAGCCUCUUGUGGAUUGGGAUAUUCUUGAUUACACAUAUGGGCCCAAGAACACUCGUUCUGCAGUCACUAAUGACGAUAUCGUGACCAUUCUUAACGCCGAUCAGUACAGAUGGAUGGCGCAGGAGUACUACUGGUCACUUAUAUGUGACAAGACGUUCAAGGCUCCUACUAGCAAUGCAGAUUACCUUGACUGCCAAGGCACUUGCGUUAUUCAGUAA